AUGGCUGCCGUCUCGUCGGCCCACGCCACGGCAACAAGCAGCAGUACCCUGACCCCUCCGAGCAGCAGCCUCGCCCACGAUACGCUCUGGGACGACGCCAACCAGCUCGACGACGAUUCGCACGCCGAGGACGAUGGCCAGGACUCCAUACGCUCACCUGCCGGUGCUGGCCCCUCAACCGGCGGCGCCCAGGUGGCCACGCGGAGGAUGAGGUCGGCGGACAACCUCGCGCAAGAAAGCUGGGACGACUCCGGCGCUGUCGAGGCCGAGGAUGGCACCCUGAUUCCCGCCUACGCCCCCGAUUCCCGCAGCAACGACUCGUGGCGCUCCCAGAGCCCCAGCAAGUCUCGCGACCGCCAUGACAGCAACUACGUCCUCCGGGAACCCUCGGGCGAAGACGGCAACGACAGCAACGACUCCAAAUGGAUCCACCGCGACAAGCUCGCCAAGAUCGAGAGCCAGGAGCUCCAGGCCGCCGGCAUCUACAUCCCCCGCUCCAGGGCCCCCAGCAAGCAGAGGAGCCGUAGCUCCGCCCGCCGCGGCACCAACGGCACCGACGCCUCGGAGCAGCCGAGACGCAGCCGUUCGCGCAAGAGCUCGUCGGCCGUCGAGCAGCGCCACGUGCCCCCCGACAUCGCCAUCCCCAGCUGGGACCUUAGGACGCCCGAGGAGAUCGCCGAGGAGGAGGCCAGCGCCUACUUCACCACCAACGGCCUCAGGGGCGGCUCCAGGAUCCCCGUCGCAAAGACGAGCCCGGCCCCCAUCCCGGUCGACUACCUCGAGAGGGGUUCGCCCUCGACGCGCAAGUACAGCGAGAGCCCCGAGAGCGACUCGAUGAUGCACGGUCCCUCGCGGUCUGGUAGCACCAGCGGCAGCCUGUACGAGAAGCCGCCGCCCGGCAUGGCCAAGCGGUCCCAGGACGCAUCGCCCAGGAAGCCGACGAGCCGCAAGACGUCGACCGCCACCAAGAACAGCAGCAGCCAGGCGAGGCCCAAGACCCGCUCCAGCAGCGGCACGGGGACCCGACCGUCGACGCGCUCGGGCGAGCCGGCCAACAUGAAGCCGCCCGAGGGAGACCCGCCGUGGCUGGUCAACGCCUACAAGCCGGACCCGCGCCUGCCGCCGGAUCAGCAGCUCCUGCCGACGGUCGCGCGCCGGCUCCAGCAGGAGCAGUGGGAGAAGAACGGCACGCACGGGGACACGUACGACAAGGAGUUCCGUCCGCUCAACGAUCGGGACCUCGCACGACCGGCCGGGGCCGACAAGACGGCGGACAAGGAGGACAGGGAGGACAAGGAGGACAAGGAGAAGCAGGACGACACACUGUCGCCGCCGGGGCAGGAAUGGCCCCUCCGACCGGACGGGGCCGCCAAGAGCCAGGUUCCCCGGCCGGGAUCGUACUCGACCAUGCCCAAGAUCUCGGACAAGCCGGCGGCGGCGAGCAGUCCUCUGGUGACGAGCCCCAACCCCAUGCAGUCGUCGGGUGGCAUGUUCCAGGCCUCGAUCGAGCCUCAGUCCCCGGCUGCCCAGAGGGUGCCGGAUGAGAAGGAGGAUGACGCCAAGGGCGGCUGCGGAUGCUGUGUUGUCAUGUGA